AUAUCUCUAGCGAAUAAGUGUAAUAAAUUCAUUAAUUUACAAAACGUGCCGCUUACAAACACCCACUUAACUUAACCGCCCCCAAAACCGCAAAUCGGAAACUCCAACAAGCGCGAUUAGCUCAAGUUGAUAACGCAAGACUGCGAACGACAGUCGGUGUCGUUAGUCAAGGCGGCGUUGCAACCAAGCUUGGACUUGGCGCCAAAAUCAACCGACAUUUCUUUUUUCGUACCAUCUCUCUUCAACACCCACCCAUCAUUCCUACAUUGCGCAAGGCUGUUGGGCGGUUACGCCUCCAAACCAAAGCAGAGGCGAACGCGGUGAUGUGAUACUAGUCCAUUGAUGUAGUGUUUUGAUAGUGAAAAAAGUCAAAACAGACUAAUUUAAUUUUAUUCAAGGUUCUACUCUCCAGUUUUUGGUAGUUAGCGAUGGCCGAUCCAGGUUUUCCGGGACAGCACACCACAACCACAACUGUUACCUCAAACACAACUGUCCAGACCAAUGUCAGAUAUGACCCCAUUUACAUAAGGACCUUGCCUGGAAUUCUCAAAGCUGCCCAGAUCAUUCUAAAUCUUCUGGGCUUCAUAUGCAUAGAAGUAAGUGCCUUCUCCUACCAUUCCCGAGGUAGCUACUUCAUUUUCUGUUCGAUGACUGGCUUCUGGUUCACGGGCAUUCUCCUCCUGUUCUACCUAUUCCACAUCAUAGAAAAAUUCUACCGAAUUCCGUGGCUAAAAAUCGAGUUUGGGUUUUGUGCCGUGUGGACAGUACUCUACUUGAUCGCAUCGUGCCUUGCAGCUACUUUGGGAGUGGAAGCGUUCGCAGUUGCUGCAUUUUUUGGGUUCUGCGCAAUGAUCGUGUACGCAGCGGACGCUUACUUCAAACUCAGGGCGGUACAAAGUGGUCAACUCGCACAGGGUGAAAGAGUUAUAAACAAACAGACUGCGACGGCGACAUCUCCAACAACUCCUCACUAUUAAUGUUGUGUUCAAGAAGUUUAUCCGUCUUUUUUGUCUACUUAAUAGUCGAGAACCCAGUUUCAGUAUGUACAAGUCAUUUAGCUUAUAAUUAAUUCAUGAUCAUGUGUUGGACAUUGUAAUUGUAACUACUUAGUAAUGGUUUACAAGCUCAUCGCCAUAUUUUGGAAAAAAGUAAAUUAAUUUGUUAGUUAUUUAUCACAUAUCUAUUUAUAUCAGAGCAAAGCAUAUUGUAAAUAUUUUUGUUAUGAAAGCACUUAUUCCUGUUGGAUAAAAGUAAUACAAAUAGUUAUUUAUGUAAAGUGUUAUUAACACUUUUAUAUUGUAUUUUUAUUGUUGCAACGAAGAACUAAAUAUAUGAAUGUAAGUUUACAAA